AUGAUCUCCUCUUCCUCAACACCAUUCCUAAGUGAUAUCUACCUCAGAAUCAACAUCAUCUUCGGUGAAGAAGUUGCCAUCAAAUUCAAGUCCGUAAAAGCCAACCACUCCCAGCUCGAGUACAAGCCAAAGGUCUACAAGACCCUUGCUGGCGGUGUUGGCAUUCCCUUCAUACACUGGUUUGGCACCAAGUGCAACUACAAUGCCAUGGUCUUGGACCUUCUUGGACCCUCUCUAGAGGACCUUUUCAAUUUCUGCAAGCGCAAAUUCACCCUCAAGACUGUCUUGCUCCUUGUGGACCAACUUAUCUCCUGUAUUGAGUACAUCCACUCACGCAACUUCAUUCGCUGGGAUAUCAAGCCAGACAACUUUCUCAUGGGCAUAGGGAAGCAUGGCAAUCAAGUCAAUGUCAUUGACUUUGGUCUCGCGAAGAAAUUUUAUGACCCAAAGACUCACUUGCACAUUCCAUACAGGGAAAACAAGAAUUUGACCAGUACCGCUCGCUACACCUCAAUCAACACACAUUUGGGAGUUAAGCACACUCACCAUGAUGACCUCGAGGCAAGAUACUUCUUGUGUGUUGCCCUCCCUUGCCAGGGACUCAAGGCUGCAACUAAAAAGCAGAAGUAUGACAGGAUCAUGGAGAAGAAGAUGACUACUCCCAUCGAUAUCCUUUGCCACGGCUAUCCCAAUGAGUUCGGCAUUUUCUUGAACUACACUCAUGCGCUUCGCUUUGACGAUCGAAGUCAAACAGACAAGGACAGGACAUGGUACAGAGGAUCAGAAAAGCUAGAAAAGGCCUCAGAAAUGGACGGACGACCUUUGGACAACUCAGACAAGCGCGCGGCACUUUCAGAAGAUCGAAAAUACGUGUCCAACACCAACCCAAGUGUUACAACAACAAGCGCCAAUCGUACAGAUGCCACCUUUAUCCGUGUUAAUGGCUCCGUGCUUGUGCAAAAGUAUGACAUUAAGGGUUUGUGA